AUGGGUAUUAAGCACCUCUACCAAGUUAUUUCCGAGAACGCUCCCGAUGCGAUCAAGACUGGCGAAAUCAAGAACCACUUCGGCCGCAAGGUCGCAAUUGAUGCGUCCAUGAGUAUCUACAGUUUUCUGAUUGCCGUGCGAUCAGAAGGUCAACAGCUGAUGAGCGAGUCGGGCGAGACAACAUCCCACCUGAUGGGCAUGUUUUACCGUACACUACGGAUGGUGGACAACGGCAUCAAGCCUCUCUACGUUUUCGACGGUGCCCCGCCAAAGCUCAAGUCCGGCGAAUUGGCAAAGCGUGUUGCACGCAAGGCUGAAGCUACCGAGGCCCAUGAAGAGGCUAAGGAGACUGGAACUGCGGAGGAUAUGGAAAAGUUCUCGCGACGGACCGUUCGUGUCACUCGCGAACACAAUGCUGAGUGCAAGAAGCUCCUUAAGCUUAUGGGAAUUCCCUACAUCGAUGCUCCUACUGAGGCUGAGGCUCAAUGUGCUGUUUUGGCCCGUGCCGGUAAGGUAUAUGGAGCUGCAUCGGAGGAUAUGGAUACGUUGUGCUUUGAUGCGCCGAUUCUCCUGCGCCAUCUUACUUUCAGUGAGCAGCGAAAGGAACCUAUUCAGGAGAUCUACCUGAGCCGAGCUCUAGAGGGUCUGAACAUGGAUCGUCCACAGUUCAUCGAUCUCUGCAUUCUUCUGGGCUGUGACUACCUGGAGCCCAUUCCCAAGGUCGGGCCCAGCACUGCCCUCAAUCUAAUCAAGGAACACAAAUCACUGGAGAAAGUUCUAGAAUACAUGAAGAACGACCCCAAGAAGAAAUACGUGGUCCCCGAAGACUGGCCAUACCAAGAUGCCCGAGACCUAUUUGUCAGCCCAGACGUCCGGGCAGCCGAUCACCCAGACUGUGAUUUCAAGUGGGAAGCACCUAACAUUGACGGUCUAGUCGAGUUCCUGGUAACAGACAAGGGCUUCAACGAGGACCGUGUACGCAAUGGCGCAGCACGUCUGUCAAAGCAUCUCAAGUCCGCUCAACAGUCCCGGCUAGAGGGAUUCUUCAAGCCUGUCGCUCGCACCGAUGAUGAGAAGGCCAACCUCAAGCGCAAGCACGAUGAGAAGCUUCAGGAGCAGAAGAAGCGCAAGAAGGACGAUGCCAAGGCCAAAAAGGACGCCAAGUCAAAGCCUCGUGGUGCGGGCUAG